GAUAUAAGUCGUAGCGCUGCGAGCGAGCGCGAGCGCUCAGUUGAUCAUGGGACGGCGAGGCGCACAGACUUUGGAGCAUCAGUGAUGUGGUUGUGAUGUACAGUUACGUGCGACGAUGGGGCACGUAACCUCGAUCUCGUCAUGCCCGGUCUCCAGAUCUGCGCACAGGCCGGCUCGUAGGUGUCUGCGCAGUAGGUGGGACAGACAGUUCACAAGGAGUAUGAGUCCGGGCAGACAAUGGUCACCUUUGAAGAAAGUGGGAGUUAUUGGCGUUCCUUUCGAAAAAGGGCAAAAGAAGUAUGGAGUGAGCAUUGCCCCGGCUGCCAUGCGCUCUGCCGGCCUAAUUGACCACCUCAAAGAAAUAGAUGGACUAGACGUGCAAGACUACGGUGACAUCGAGACCUCCUCAAACAAUGAUCCCAACCUGGUUGAAAACAUGUCCCACCUGGCGCUAGUGUCGGCUUGCAAUAAGAGGUUGUCGGAGCGCGUCUCUCAAGUGCUCAGAGAUGGCCGAAUCGCUGUCACCAUUGGUGGAGACCAUUCCAUCGGAGUAGGGACAGUAGACGGCCACUACUCGGUGAACGAUGACAUGAUUCUGAUCUGGGUGGAUGCCCACGCUGAUAUCAACACCAACCGCACCUCGGGCUCCGGGUCAGUGCACGGCAUGCCCGUGGCUCUGCUAGUCAAGGAGAUGGCAGACUACUGGCCCUACCUACCCACUAUGGACUGGCAAGUACCUCAAUUUUCAAUAAAGAACCUCGGCUACGUAGGCCUACGUUCAGUCGACCAUUAUGAGAGGCUGGCAAUAGAAAAGUACAAUGUCCCUACAUUCGCCAUGGAGGACAUUGAAGAACAUGGAAUAAGGAACUCCAUAAAUCACAUUCUGCAAACGCUGGAUCCCGAGCAAACGAAGCCAAUUCACGUGAGCUUCGACAUCGACUCGUUGGAUGCCUUAGAAGCGCCCAGCACUGGAACCCCGGUUCGAGGUGGUCUCACGCUCCGAGAAGCGAUAACUUUAAUGGAGAUCAUACGGUCUACUGGUCGCCUGCGAGCCAUAGACCUGGUAGAGAUCAACCCAGCGCUGGGCGACGACGCCGACCGCCGCCGCACCAUCGAGGCUGGCAUCUGUGUGCUCCGAGCCGCCUUGGGCUUUUCCAGGAGAGGCUCUAUUCCAAAAGGAGUCAUAGACUUGCCCAUACAAACUUCCCAUAGCAAUAAUCAAAAAAACAUCAAUAUCAAGUCCUAGUAAUAAUGCUAUAAUGGCACAAAAUAAUGUAGUAUUAACACCGAGCAUAUUCACUAGCAGAUGUGAAGUCGGUUAUGAAAUACGCACUCUUUGCUUGUUAUUGAGGUUUUAAUGCAGUGAAUAUGCUUGACGAAAUAAAUGAAUCAGGGUUGCCGCUCUCCAAGAGCAGUGCAUAUUCUGAGGCCCGAUUAUCACGCAAUCAAAGUUCACUUCAUCAAAUUUCUUCUUUUUUUUUAAAGGUAAGCACAUUUUCUACUUUUACACAAAUGAUUGAAAUGCAUUGAUCGAUCGAACAUUUUCCAUGGGGAAUUUGCUUUGAAACUUCGAUGAAAAUUUGAGAAAAUUGAUGAAAUGAACUUCGAUUGAAUCGGGCCACUUGAAGUGCGUUGCCUUAGUAGGUAAUGCAUUUAUUUAAUAAGAAUAUUACAUUUAUUUAAUUAUUAAGUUUAUUUAUUAAAAUUAUUUAGUUAA